CAUGGGCUUGUGCUCGCUUCUGUGCAAGUUUACGCGCAGGGCGAAGUACGUUAUACUGCUCGUGCUCUCGCUGUCACUGCUGGCGUGGAUCGCAAUGUUUUUAGGCGAGACGGGGAAACCUCUACUGGUUCUCUCUGCAACCGCACAGACUCUUAUCAAAGAGCCCAGUCUGAGAGAGAAACUGGCAUCUUCCACAUCAACUCCUGAUCACGUCAAUACUCCACUGCCAAUAGUCGAAUGCCCUCAGAAGUCACCAUUGCUGCGGGGAGCUCUGAACUUAUCCUUUGAAUCGUCUCUGAAGCUGACUGACGUGGAGAGCGAGAACAAAGGAGUCACUGACGGCGAGUACAAGCCCCCAGACUGCACCGCGAGGCAGAGCGUGGCGAUCCUCAUCCCUCACCGCAAGCGGGAGCGACACCUCCUCUAUCUCCUGCACCACCUGCACCCCUUCCUGCAGAGGCAGCAACUGCACUACGGCAUUUAUGUCAUCCAGCAGGCUGGUGAUGCAACCUUUAACCGUGCCAAGUUACUGAACGUCGGAUAUUUGGAGGCACUGAAGGACUACAGCUGGGAGUGCUUCAUCUUCCACGAUGUGGAUCUGGUCCCUGAAAAUGAUCACAAUCUAUAUGUCUGUGAUAAGCAGCCCAAACACUUGGUGGUUGGCCGGAACGCCACAGGUUACAAGCUGCGCUACAAAGGCUACUUUGGAGGUGUGACCGCCAUGACCAAAGCACAGUUUCUCAAAGUGAACGGAUUCUCAAACACCUAUUGGGGCUGGGGUGGAGAAGACGAUGACCUUCGAGUCAGGGUCGAGCUGCAGAAAAUGAAGAUCGUGCGGCCGCCUGCCCAUGUAGCUCGCUAUACUAUGGUGUUUCAUAAACGGGACAGUGGCAAUGAAAUAAACAAGGACAGGAUGAGGUUGUUGGGGCGAACAUCACUGGUAUGGAGGAAGGAUGGACUCAACAGCUGCUCAUAUAAGACUGUAUCAGUGGAGAGGUUCCCUCUUUAUGUAAACAUCACUGUGGACAUUGGGAAGCCCCAGAGGUGAGGUUCCCAACAGGAAGCCUGAUGUGACCAAGACCAAAUAUUUUCUGAACGACUUUAUACACUGUGCCAGACCAGAGUGCAGAAAAGCUACUACACACUAAGCACAUAAAAUGCACAUUAGGUUAAGCUGAAGAACAUUUAGUUAUAAGUUAAUUUUUUGCACAUUUAUGCAUAUCAUUUUAUAUUUGUUUAUGUCUUAAUAAUAAUUUAAACUGAAUUAAAUAAAGCUGUGACAGAAAGAAAUAAUAUUGAUAGAAUAAAAAUCUCCUGAUGAUGGCCUAUAGUGUUUGAAAACCGAUGCUCAAACAUCUGGUUACUGGACUUGACAGAUUUUGAUUAGUUUAUGCCUUAUUAUUUGCCUGCAUGCUAUAUUUGCAUUACAUUAUUUUGUACAUAAAUCUCCUUGAACAGGGGAACGUUUAUGUUCUGUGAGCAUCAUUUUGUGGAUGUAUCAACAUCCUAAAGCUCCUGCAGACAUUUUGCCUAGUUACGCACCUCCCAGAUGUGUCUGGGACUGUCUUACUGAUAUCACCAUCAAGCUCACAAUAAUAAACAACAUGUAGUGGCCUUGUGUACAGUUAGGUCAUUGUCCCAGUACCUCUAGACCUAACUGUACCUCUAGCACACUAUAGUAGAUCUGGCAUGUUUUAUUGUUUUGUAGUGUGAAAAUAAUAAAAAGCUCCUAGAAGAUGUGCAUUUCUGCACCAGAGCAGGUGAUAUCGCCACUCCUGAGGAAAGGUUUAGUUUUCAUUUAAUGGGUUCGAACAUUUAUAAUGGGUGAAAAUAUUUUAAGUGCUUAAUUUUGAUCAGAACCAAUUAAAUGUGUGUUAGUACUGUUGCAUCAAACAGUGUUGAUUUCGAAAGGAAAUUAGGUGCUUUUAAUUAUAUUAUUGUUGCUUGAAAUUGAUGCCAUAUAAGCUUUUUGAAAAUGUUACUGGAAACGUGUCCCUUGAUCUGGGCUGAUGUGUUAAGAGACUGAUCAUGAAAGAGAUUUUGCAUGUUCAAAUUGAUUUUUAUGAUAUCUUGACACAAAUGUUUAUUAAAUAGUAUUUUUCAUAUUAAUGUU